CUCAUAUUGCCCUUUGCCUCUCCCGUCCAGCGGUUAAAUCUCUCAAUUCUGUACCCCACGGGCAUUCUUUCCUCGCUGCUCCACCACAUACCGUUGGCUUUUUAUUCUCCGACGGGGAAACCACCAAGCAAUAGUUGGAUCCAUCACAAGCCAUUUUCGACCGGUCUGAGACAAUUCGAUUCACACCCGGCCGCAAAUCCCUCAUAUCGUGGCCUGCAUCCCUCCGCCUCAGGGGAAGCGUCUGGCUCCACCGCUCCAAUCCACCGUGCCGCAAGGUACCCUCUUCAGAUAAGCUGCAUCGAUACAUAAACCCUCACCGCCAUCCAUGGCCCAGGGACAUCAUUCCUCUCACCACCGUCGCUCGCCCUCGGGCUCGAAUGCUGCCAAGGUGAAACCCGCACGCCCCGCUCUCCAUCGGAAAGGCACAUCUUCUGUGAACCACUCCAUUUCCAAGUUGGGCGCCGCGCCCGUCAAGCAAACAACGGUCGACCACACCGACGACGAGGAGUUCGAGAUGGCCGCCAGCUUUUUGAACUUUUGUGCCAUGUGUGAGAGGCAGAUAACCGUUCCGGAUAAUUCUCUACUAUAUUGCAGUCAAAGCUGCCGCCGCAAAGAUUCCCACAAACCUCUCUCCGCCUCCAUCUCUUCCAGUUCCUCCAUGUCUGCUCCGACCUCCCCUCCUGCUUCUCCCCCGAUGUCCCCUCGCACUAUCGUGCCGCCAAUGGUUCCCACCAAGGCUCCGGUUUACACGCCGGCGCGGCUAUCGAGUGAGAUGUACGAGGUCCAGGUAGAUCAGGACCCGUCCGAGUGGAAGCCGGUAAUACCGAUCCCGGGCUCGGCCGCCAGCUCCGAGGCCUGGACCUACCUGUCCCAGUUCCACGGCACGCAGGCACCGAUCCCCGUGCGCCGCAAAGCCGACCACCACAGUUCCGGCAGUCUGUCGACCCUCAGUGCCACCGGCGCUCCGCCCUCCCUGAUCCACACGCCGUCCUCCGUGGCCUCCUCGCUCAGCAGCAGUGCAUCGGACUACAUGAGCCAUCGCCCGUUGCCUCCCCGGCACAAGUUCUCCGGCAGCACGAGUGGCACGAAGGGCGUGGAGCUCGUCGUACCUCUUGUGGAUGAACCUCGGGGUCUCUCCACAGAUGUCAACGGGGGAUCGAUCUUCCCGGCCAACAGUGCCGUCUGGAAGGAACCGUCCAGCACCCCGGUUACGAUCGUGGGCAAGAAUUCGAGCCUUCCCCAGUAGGGGUCUCCCCUGUACUUGACUUUCUUUUCACACUUUGUUAUCACUUAUCUU